AUGGAAGUGUUCUGUUCUUUUUAUCACUUAACCUAUUUUCUGGCUGCUGGGGCUGUUACUUUCGGAAUUGGUUUCUUUGCUUUGGCAUCAGCUUUAUGGUUCCUGAUUUGCAAACGAAGAGAAAUAUUUCAAAAUUCCGAAUUCAAAGCAAAUGAUGAGAGAUGCAGCCAAAGACCAUCAGAGGCAAAGAGUAAAUCUCAUUCUCAAUGUGUUUUUAUUUCUCGAAAUUUUCAUACAGGAACAUUUCAAUUAGAGGAGGAGCAAAGAGAACAGGAAACAGCACAUAUAAAAGCAAGUGAUCACUCUGAAGAUGAAUUCUGCCUUGCAACAAAAAAAGUGAUUUGUGACCCCUCAGAAACUGGCUCAGCAACAAAUUGGGGUGAUGUUACCUUAAGCUCAUCAACGUUACCAUCUGAUUCUUGUUACAGCCAAACUAUAGAAGCAGCUGAUAACUGGUUUACUGAUGAUCCUCUAAUGAAAGAGAGCUCUUCAACGCCUCUUCUCAGGGAACCUCUGAUGGAAAAAUUAUGUCCAUACCUGUCAACCAUUUCACUAGAAGAAUGUACGAAUAUGAUAGUUUAUGAUGGUCAAAAAGAGGACAGCAUUAAGGAAAUACUUUCAGGAAGAAAUACAGAGGCUGAAAUACAAACCUUCAACAUAACAUUGAAUGACUUUUCUUUUGAAACUUUGUAUACACUAAAAUCAGUAAAGUUAAAACUGAAUUACCAGCUUCUGAAUCUCUUAAUAUGUCUAUAGAUAUUCUUUGCUUUUCCAUAGAGUGGCCCUACUUCCCUUGCUGAUUCUUGUUUCUAGAAACAAAAUUACAGAAAAAAAUUAGAAUGAUAUGAACAUUAAGCUUAACUCUGUAUGUCAUCAAAGGACAUAAUAAAUAAUAUAAAAUAAUGCAAAUGUAUUUUGACAUACAGGAGAAAUACUUUAAGAAAUCAGCACAGAUAUAUUUUUAAUAAAACACAGCAUUUUCUUAUAUUUUUUACAUUUUCAAUUUAAUUUCAAUGUGGGUAUGGCUGGGUAAGUAUACCUCCCUCGGCUUUUCCAAAUUUUAAAUACAUAAAAUACCUACCAUUCAAAUAUUAGUAUGUCAUGAUGCUGACAAGCAAUAUAAUUUUGCUCCUCUAGGGGAAUCUGGAACAAUCUGAAGAGGCCAGAAAAUUAUUUUCUUUCCCCUGUCCUGUAUCUGUUUCUCAGAGUGGCCCCUCACCCCACUAUGAUAAAAUGGGAGCAGCCACAUGAUAGGCAUCUGACUCAAGCUAGAUAAAUCAGAGUUCCUCUCUGAUCUGAGAGGCCUUUGGCCAAAUUUCUACUUAUGGCUCUCAGGAAUUUCUGACACCCACCAUGUAAUUAAUCUUUUAUUUCCUCCAAAAUACUUUCCAUAUAAUUAGUCCCUUUUUUUCUUUCUCAUGAAAAAAAAAACGAUUAGUUAAAGUAUUAUGUUACUUCUGUGUUUAAAUUACUCAUAACGAGACAGAUGCAUAUCUUCCCAAGAGAUAAAUCAUACCUAUUGCAAUAAAUGAAGAGAAACUUGUCUCGAAUAAGACAGUAGCAUUACCCAGGCCUAUCAUUUCAGUCUCAGGAGAAACAUUAACAAGGGUUAGGACAACUCUCUCUCUUUUGAAGCACUUUGUCAUUUCUACACAGUGUGUGUAUGGGUGGUGGGACAGCUCUCUCUAUCUACGCCUAAAUCUAAGUAAGCUAUUUCAGCUCAGGUUCUCUAAAAAGCAGUUAAAAAAAAAAGUAACUAGUCUUUGUUUCUUGGUGUUCUUAAACUUCUGCUUUACUGUCUGUCUUAGAGAAAGAAGUCAUCUCUAAUUUUAGUAAGAUCCUAAAACUACCCCAGGAAUUUGAGGUUAGAAAUUAGAUAUUCUAGCCUUGGUCUGACUAGUUGUUGGAAUAAAGAAAACAUAAACUGGGGACCUAUGGGCUUUCAUGUCCCACCUUGUGAUCUGGGUAGAAAAACAACAAAUCUGCAGUCAAAGACCAAUGAAGCAUUUGCAAAGUGAAACGCAAAUGAGAUGAGAGAUCAGGAGAACGUGAUUCCUGACUUUCUGACUGUAGAGAGCAGGACCUGAGCCAUGUCUACAGCAUAUGCAGCAGAGCAACGACUCAGGGAAAUAACACAACCCCUCAGCAUGCACAGUACAGCGUGGCAGACAAUGUGUGCUUAUCUGAAGGGUAACACCGCACUUUCAUUUUUUAAGAAAUGU